AUGAGUUUCUCUGAGGAGGACAAGGUGGGAACCAUACAGCCGCAUGAUGAUGCCCUAGUGGUCACCCUUAGGAUAGGGGGAUAUGAUGUUAAGAGGGUGAUGGUGGAUCAAGGCAGUGAGGCAGAGAUUAUGUACCCCUAUUUGUACAACAGGCUGGGCUUGAAGCCUGAGGACUUGAUGGCUUAUGAUUCACCUCUAGUAAGCUUUGAUGGGAAAAUUGUUAUUCCUAAGGGCCAGAUUCGACUGCCCGUACAAGCAGGAUUGGAGGUGGUGGAGGUGAGUUUCAUUUUAGUGGAUGCCUAUUCCUCGUACAAGGCCAUUGUGGCAAGAUCUUGGCUUCACGCCCUGGGGGCCAUUUCCUCCACUUUGCAUUUGAAAGUAAAAUAUUCAUCUGAGGACUGGAUUGAGGAGCUGGUUAGGAGCCAAUCUGUGGUGAGGCAGUGCUUGAUCGCUGCAAUAACGCAUUAG